AUGAAAUCGAUAUGGUGGAUGUUAGGAGGAGUUUUACUGAUAUUGCUUUUACUUGUUACUUUUCUCUACAUUGUCUACUCAAUACUUUUUCAGUCUCGGUGGGUUAUCAAGCUUAUAGCGAAGUACGAGAAGCGGGCCUUUUUUUAUUUUGAUACAAAGGAGCGUGUUAUAGCGUUGACCAUCGACGACUCACCGUCGAAUCAAACUGAGCAGUUUGUUGCUCUUCUUAAGCAGUACAAUGCACACGCCACAUUUUUUGUUAUUGGUGACAGAAUAAAAGAACGUGAAGAAAAGCUCAUUCAAAUAGUCGAAGCGGGCAAUGAAAUUGGGAAUCACACACUCCACGACGAGCCUUCAUUCAAAAACACUCCCACUGAAUUCGCUGAGAAAGUUCUUCAAAAGUAUAAGUGGUUUCGCCCAGGUUCAGGACUUCCUUCGUCAUUCAUGUUUGACACAAUCGACAAUUUAAAUUAUCGGAUGGUGAUUGGGUCAAAUUACGCAUUUGACGCGCAGACAGACAACACUACGUUCACAUCCUUUUUGUUACGACAUUCGGUCAGUAAUGGAAGUAUAGUAGUAUGCCACGACAGACCAUACAACAUAGCAGAAGUAGAAAACUUUCUUCAGUACUGUCAGAAGAACCACAUUGAAGUUCUUUCAUUGGGUGAAAUGGCCGAGCGUGUGUACAACUCUCAGCCAUUCAAAAUGGAUGUUCCAAUACCAACACACUUUUUCUCACAAUUUGCGCUCGGUACUCCUGAUGAGUUAAGUACAGAAACAGUCAAAGAGCCGAUUAUGCCACAUCUCUAA